GCCAUGGCUUCCUCCUCCAAAGCCCUAGGCGAGCUCCUCCGCUCGCCAAAGCGUCUCCGCCCGAUCUCCCUCUCCCUGGAAUCCAUGACCCUCAAAUCCUCCCUCUCCACCCUCCACGCCCCUCCUCUCAUCGCCGGUGAACACCCCUCUUCACUCACGUCGGAGCAGGCGAAGAGGGUCGACGCCGGCCGAUCCCUUUCCCGAUGGAAGCGGAACCUCAGUAUCUGUUUCGAAAGGAUCGCGACAAGGAAAGGUACUCAUUCUGAUCCCUAUGUGAAGCUGGGAGAGCUCUUGGUCGAGGAGACAUGGCUGGAGGCUCUCCCCGGCGAGCUUCAAAAACCCUACGCGCAGAACCUAUGCAGGUUUGUGGAGAUGGAGAUGCGCGGCAGUGUCCCUAUCUACUCUCCGCCCCACCUUAUAUUUAAUGCUCUUCAUUUGACUUCCUUUGAUGAAGUAAGGCAGUCAUUAUUGGACAGAUUAUGUGAAGGUGGAGAAUUAUUAGAAAGAAUUUUAUCCAGAGGUGGAAGGUACUCAGAGGAGGAUGCAAAAGCUAUAGUUAUUCAAAUACUGAGUGUAAUCGCCUUUUGUCAUCUUCAAGGUGUUGUGCAUCGUGAUUUAAAGCCAGAGAAUUUUCUUUUCACCACUAGAGAUGAAAAUGCUCAGAUGAAGUUGAUUGAUUUUGGCCUUUCCGAUUUUGUUAAACCAGGUAUUUUACAGAUUUUUGCUGUAAUGGAAUAG